AUGCUUCUGGUUCUUUUCUUGAUCACAGCGUCGUUGGCUGUUUCAUUUGACCUUUCUAAAGACGACAUGGUCUUAUUUUCAGAAUUUAAGUCUCAAUUUUCAAGGAAAUAUGAGACUCCUGUAGAAGAAGAAUUCCGUUUUCAGAUUUUCAAAGCCAAUCUUGCUAAGUUCCGAAAACACAAUGCAGCAAACAAAGGCUACACCAUGGGUAUCAACAUCUUUGCAGACAAAACGUCAGAGGAAAUUCAUCUUCCAUUCGCCAAAACACUUAAGAUGAAGGCUCAAAAGUCGUAUUUUAAAAAAGACCUUCCAAAGUACCAACCCAAAAAUACAUCAAAACUUGCAUCAAUACCAGAUUCUUAUGCUUCUUGUGGUUCAGAGUCGGACGUGAAUUAUUGUGCUAAUAUUAAUAUCGAUCAGGGCCUUUGCGGGUCGUGUUACGCCGUCUCCGUUGCUCAACAGUACACCACAUUAUACGCGUAUUUGACUGAACAAAAUGGGGCUAUAAAACGCCAAGAAAUGUCCGCGCAACAACUCAUCGACUGUUCUAAAAAAUGGACUGGGUGCGAAGGUGGCCUAUCUGACGAUGUCCUUGAUGGAACGACAUAUCCACAGAUAGCAUCAGACUAUUCAAGAGACUAUCAAUACCUAUUUACUGAAAAUGGGAAACAGUUUUCUUGCGACACACAAGAAGCCAAAUCUCCCAUGAAAACGUCAUACACUACUUUCCAUGGGAAAAGUUGGUCACAGCUCAAAGAGAUUAUCUACAACAACAAAGGAUUUGUCUCGGGGAUAAAAGCAGAAGAUGAUUUAUCGUAUUAUACUGGGGGUAUCUACACGUCCUCUGCCUGUAUGAAUCAAGUGACUGACCACAUGAUAGUUGUUGAUGGAUAUGGAGAAUGCGACGGGAUUAAAUACUUGUGGGUCAGAAACAGUUGGGGAAAGGAUUGGGGUGUAGAGAAUGGGCACUUUAAAAUAUUAUUUGAUACUCUCUGUGGUAUUAAUGGUGAUGAUGAAGGCCAACAAGAUGUGAAUUAUGUAGUUACUGGAACACUUACUUCUUACAGUACGAGUGUUAAUGAAGGUGUUACAAUUUGGGAUGAUGUCAAAGACUUACAAGGAUGUGUUCUUAUUGGAAAUGGUGUCAUGGGGAUGAUGUCUCUUACCAUAUUGACUUUACUCGUCUUGCUCGUAUUUUAA